AUGGCGCUCGAAGCCGGAAGGCAUGUUCUGAUCGAGAAGCCGAUUACCGUGAAUGCGGAACAAUGCAACGCCCUCUUAAACACAGCCGCGGCGAAGCGGUUGUUCGUGAUGGAGGGCUUGUGGACGCGAUUCCAACCCAUCGGCUAUGCCUUCCGCGAGGUCCUCGGCGAGGCUGGGAAGGUUCGUCGAGUGUGGGCCGACAAUGGGUUGGGCAUGGAGGUUGAACGUCAAUUCCCGACUGGGGGUCGACUGGUCACAUUGGACUUGGCUGGAGGGGGAUUGCUGGAUUUGGGGAUUUACUCUCUGAACUGGGUAUUGCAGGCGCUGGGCCCACGAAGAGACUAUGCACCGCGCUCGGUGGCCUUAGUGAUUUCAAGCGCUUGGCCGGGUGUGCAAAACUGGAAAGACACUUCUGCACUCAUGGCUGCUCGAAACCCGACCACUAAACCCACUAUUCUCGGCACCGAACUUGCACUUAUCAAAGAAGCCCUUACGCUCUUCAAUCUUAAUGGCAAGGGAAAAUACACCCGUCUGUGCGAGCAAUGGCUGGAGACGUUUAUGCCCGCCGACUCAAAGGGGAAAGCAUUUGUUCUUUCAUCGUGCACCUCCGCCCUCGAAUUGGCCGCCAUUCUUGCCAACAUACAACCCGGAGAUGAAAUCACCGUGCCCAGCUACACCUAUGUGUCGACUGUGAAUUCUUUUGUUCUCCGUGGUGCGGUGCUCGUCUUCGUGAGUCUGGACAGUCGAACCAUGAACAUCGAUGCACGCGUGAUCGAGGCCACAAUCACGUCCAAGACACGCGUCAUCGUUCCAGUACAUUAUGGGGGCAUCGCGGCCGAUAUGGACCCCAUCAUGGAUAUUGCCCGGCGACACGGGUUACUGGUUGUCGAGGAUGCUGCCAUGGCAUGCACGUCACUUUACGAAGGCCGCAUGCUCGGUACUAUCGGCCAUAUAAGAUGCAUCAGCUUCCAUGCAGAGAAGAACUUCACCGCCGGUGGCCAGGGCGGCGCUUUGCUUGUCAAUGACCCUCCGUUCAUAGACCGUGCGAGGAUUGUCUAUGAGCACGGUACAAAUCGCAGCCAGGUCGAUCGGUACCAAUGGUUGGAUCUGGGCACCAACGCUACAUUGUCCGAAGUGCAGGCUGCAUUCCUCUACGCCCAACUCCAGACCGCAGAUACCAUCAAUACCCUGAGGCUCAAGCUUUGGCAGAGGUAUCACUCCGCGCUCCGGCCACUGGUGGAGAAAGGAGACUUGACUCUGCCGACGAUUCCGGAGAAUACGGCACAUAAUGGGAAUGUAUUUUAG